AAAUCUAGAGAAGGCUGUAGAAAGAGAAUACUGCAUUUGAUUCUUGAAACUGUUAUCAGCUCCUAUCAGCAUAUCAUUGGAAAAAAUGUUGUGUAGUAAAGCCCAACGUUAUAGUUCAACUUUAAGUUACCUGUCAGUCUCUUACUCUGUGUCGGCAAUCCCUAAGCCUUUAUUGAAGCCUGCUGUGUUUUACAACAAGCUUUUUAUAAACAAUGAGUGGCGAAAUGCAACCAGCGGCAAAAUAUUUCCUACAAUAGAUCCCUCAACUGGAGGUGUCAUUACGCAUGUAGCUAAGGCAAACAAGGAUGAUGUUGAUCUUGCAGUAAAAGCUGCAAAAGAAGCAUUCCAGUUAGGCUCUCCAUGGCGUUGUAUGGAUGCAUCACAACGAGGUCAGCUUCUUAACUGCCUUGCAGAUCUUAUAGAACGAGACAGAAUCUAUCUGGCUUCCUUGGAGACACUAGAUAAUGGUAAACCUUUUGCAGCAUCGUAUGCUGGAGAUUUGGACCAGGUCAUCAAGGUGUACAGAUAUUACUCAGGUUUUGCAGACAAAUUGCAUGGAAAGACUAUUCCAAUGGAUGGCAACUAUUUUUGUUAUACCAGACAUGAGCCAGUUGGUGUUUGUGGGCAGAUAAUUCCAUGGAAUUUCCCAUUGGUAAUGCAAGGGUGGAAGCUGGCGCCUGCCUUAGCUGCUGGUAACACAGUUGUCAUGAAGGUUGCUGAGCAGACACCGCUAUCUGCCUUAUAUAUAGCAUCCUUGAUUAAAGAAGCUGGCUUUCCUCCAGGUGUCGUUAACAUUUUAACUGGCUAUGGUCCUACUGCAGGAGCAGCUAUAGCAAGGCACAAAGACAUUGAUAAAAUAGCAUUCACUGGUUCCACAGAAGUUGGCCGUUUAAUCCAGCAAGCAGCUGGAGAAACAAAUCUUAAAAGAGUCACACUGGAACUUGGAGGGAAAAGUCCAUGUAUUGUAUUUGCAGAUGCAGAUCUAGAACUUGCGGUGGACCAAUGUCAUGAGGCUGCAUUCUUCAACAUGGGGCAGUGUUGUUCUGCAGGAUCAAGAACUUUUGUAGAGGACUCUAUCUAUAGUGCGUUUGUUGAGAGAAGUAUUGAGAAGGCUAAUGAAAGAAAAAUAGGCAACCCUUUCAUGAUUGACACAAAACAUGGUCCCCAAGUUGAUAAAGACCAAUUUGACAAGAUCUUUAACUAUAUCAAAAGUGGCAAAAGGGAUGGUGCUAAACUUAUGUGUGGAGGAGAACGUUACGGAGAUUAUGGCUUUUUCAUCAAACCUACCAUAUUUGCUGAUGUACAAGAUAACAUGACAAUUGCAAGGGAAGAAAUCUUUGGUCCUGUGCAGUCUGUGUUUAAAUUCCAAAACACAAAAGAAGUCAUCAAAAGAGCUAACAAUACUAGAUAUGGAUUGGCUGCAGGACUGUUCACAAAGGAUUUGGACAAAGCAAUGUAUUGUACACAAACAUUACAAGCUGGUACAGUAUGGGUUAAUACAUUUAACAUUGUAUCAAGCCAGACACCUUUUGGAGGAUUUAAAGAGUCUGGAAAUGGACGGGAGCUUGGAGAAGAAGGAAUUAAACCAUAUACUGAAGUAAAAACAGUUACUAUUAAAAUUCCACAUAAAAAUGUGUUUUAAUAAGUUUUACAACUUAUUAACAAAUUAGAGUUUGUUUAAACAGGGAGUUAUGACAAGAUAAAAAAUAGAUGCACAAAGAGGAAAAUAAAAUGAUGUGAUGAGAGAAAUAAAAGAGAAUGAAAGCAGGAACGAGACAAUUAGACAGGUAAGUUGUUAACAGGAGGCAGUUGGAGGGGCCAGGUCAACUAACUUUCGAAAAAGUGAGAGGAUUGUGUAAUUACAUAUAUUAUUUUAUAUAAAAGGGUAAUGACACAUUCAACAUUCGCAUCAAAUAAUUUAGUUGCAUGUUUUGAUAUUUUGAAGGGACACCUGUUGCAAAGUGCAAAUUACGUCUGUUUAGUCAUUAAGUUGAUAUGCAUUUUCCUAUAAUUAGAUCAUAGAUCAAAUUCUACUCAUAUGUUUUUAUUUCUUUGUCCUUUUUCACAGUUUACAUCUGAUCAGGCUCUGGAUUUGGAAAGCAACUUAAAAUAAAUUAUAUUAUGCAAGUUGGAUAAAACUUCAAACUUGGGUUUGAAAAGUUAGGUAUUUUGGCCUACAUUAAUAAGUUGAGCAGAGUAGAUAGUGGGAACCGCACUCAAUCCAAACGGCCAAGGGUGCUCCAGAUCAGGACCA